GACUAACUUCUCUGGCAAAGGUUUGCAGUUGUGUGAGCCGGGUGCUCCUCCGGCGCUGCUCUCCGGGCACUGCAGGCCACUGUCAGUGUUUUGGGGUCAUUUACUCAGCACUGCUGAGCACCUCUCUGUGUGGCUGUAGGUGCUGGAGGCCUGUAUGAAGAACUGUGGGAGGAGAUUUCACAAUGAAGUGGGAAAGUUCCGGUUUUUGAAUGAGUUAAUCAAAGUCGUUUCUCCAAAGUACCUGGGGGACAGGGUGUCUGAAAAAGUGAAGACCAAGGUUAUUGAGCUGCUUUAUAGCUGGACAAUGGCCCUGCCGGAAGAAGCCAAGGUCAAAGAUGCCUACCACAUGUUGAAGAGACAGGGCAUAGUGCAGUCUGACCCACCAAUCCCUGUGGACAGGACGCUGAUCCCCUCUCCACCACCUCGUCCCAAAAACCCUGUUUUUGAUGAUGAGGAGAAAUCCAAGCUUUUAGCCAAGCUGCUGAAAAGUAAAAACCCAGAUGACCUACAAGAGGCCAACAAGCUCAUCAAGUCCAUGGUGAAGGAAGAUGAGGCACGGAUCCAGAAGGUCACCAAGCGGCUGCAUACAUUAGAGGAGGUCAACAACAAUGUGAAACUGCUCAGUGAGAUGCUGCUUCACUAUAGCCGAGAGGACUCCUCAGAGGGAGAUAAAGAGCUCAUGAAGGAGUUGUUUGAUCGGUGUGAGAAUAAGAGACGGACAUUAUUUAAACUAGCUAGUGAGACAGAGGACAAUGACAACAGUUUGGGGGACAUCCUGCAGGCCAGUGACAACCUCUCCCGGGUCAUCAACUCUUAUAAAACAAUUAUUGAAGGGCAGGUCAUCAAUGGCGAGGUGGCCACCCCAGCUAUGCCUAACUCUGAAGGAAAUAGUCACUCCAGUAACCAAGGCACUCUCAUCGAUCUUGCUGAGUUGGACACACUGAGUAGUUUGUCCCCUAUGUCAGCUCCAGCACCCACGCCACCCUCCUCGGGCAUCCCAAUCCUCCCUCCUCCCCCCCAGACUUCGGGACCUCCACGCAGCGGCUCAUCCAGCCAGCCUGAGGCCCCCCCAGGGCCCAACAGCACAAGCAACGCCCUCUCCUUGCUGGAUGAGGAACUUCUGUGCUUGGGCCUCACUGACCCGGCCCCUAAUGUUCCUCCCAGAGAGUCAGCUGGAAAUAGCCAGUGGCAUCUGUUCCAGAGUGAACAGUCCAACCUGGACUUCUUCAGUCCCGAGCCAGGGCCAGCUGCUGGCAGCACCCCAGAUGCUCCUCUGCUCCAGCCCUCAGCUGCCUCCUCAGGCAACUCCCAAGCUCCACUGCCGCCUCCCCUCCCCGCUCCUGUGGUCCUGGCCAGCAUCUCUGCCCCCAGUGUGGGCUCCUUGUUUUCUACUGGUCUGGCCCCAGCUUUGACCCCAAAGCCUGACCCUGCAGUCCCUGGGAGCCAUAGCUCUGUAAUGAGUGAUAGCACCCUACACCACCUGGACACCCUGGAUCAGCUUCUGGAAGAGGCCAAAGUGACAUCAGGUUUGGUGAAACCUGCUGCCUCACGCUUUCCCUCUGGGGCUACCGCCUCCCCUCUGGCCCCCACCAUCACCCCAGCUAGACCUCUCCUGCCCUUCUCCACUGGGCCGGGCAGCCCUCUCUUCCAGCCACUGACCUUCCAGCCUCAGGGAAGCCCCAUGAAGGGGCCUGAGCUCUCCCUGGCCAGUGUUCAUGUGCCCCUGGAGUCGAUCAAGCCUAGCAGUGCCCUUCCUGUGACAGCCUAUGAUAAAAAUGGCUUCCGCAUCCUCUUCCACUUUGCCAAGGAGUGUCCUCCAGGACGGCCCGAUGUGCUGGUGGUGGUGGUAUCCAUGUUGAAUACGGCUCCCUUGCCAGUCAAAGGCAUCGUGCUGCAGGCUGCAGUGCCCAAGUCUAUGAAAGUGAAAUUGCAGCCACCCUCUGGGACAGAACUCUCUCCAUUCAGCCCCGUCCAGCCACCUGCAGCCAUCACCCAGGUCAUGUUGCUGGCCAACCCACUGAAGGAGAAGGUGCGGCUUCGGUAUAGGCUGACCUUUGCACUGGGGGAGCAGCUGAGCACGGAGGUGGGCGAGGUGGACCAGUUCCCUCCUGUGGAGCAGUGGGGGAACCUAUGACCCCGAAGGACCUGUGAUCUCUACUCUGAAGCCCAGGCAGGAUGCCCUAAGAUGGGGAGUGCUCUGGUCCAGUCACUCGCCACAUCCUGAUGACAGUGCUUAUAGCUUUGAUGUGGAACAGGGGCCCUGGGCAUUUCUGCUGGGAGCCAAGCUGCUGCUGUGAUAACCUCUCUUUUGGCCCCUCUAAGAGGACCUGUUUUUAUCUACCUGUGUGACUUGAAGUGGCCAUAUGCCGUUGGGGGUGGGAAGGUGUUGCCCCUGACCUCACUACUGUCCUGGGAACAUGAGACCCAGGCUUGGAGUAAGUUUUUGUCCUUUUUACUGGCAUUCACUGAAGCACUGGUUGGGGGAGAUCUCUAAAGGUGUAUUGCUACCCCUUCCCAAGAACCACAUCUUCACACCUCACAGAGGUGGGCCAAGCUCAGUGGCCCAGGAUGGUGCUUGGCCCACAGUGAGGAGUUGGCGUGUUACAGAAACUGCAGCCCUACCUUCUGUGGGCAGUGGCAUCCUGAACAGCCACUGAGCAAUGAGUUGCACACUUGUUCCUGGCAGUGGCAGGCUAUGUCCUAUGGACAUCUCAGCAGGACAUGGAAGUCAACCUAGCAGAAACAGAACUUGGCCUUGUGAUAGCCUAACCUAGGGAUAGGAAGGAAUGAAGAGAACCAAUAUUUCCCCUCCUCCAGAAGGAGAUGAGCCUUCUGGGAAAAGCGUGCCCCCAACUGUGGGGACAGGCCAUCCUACUCACUACCUCUUGCUUGGCAUGAAAUAAACUGCUGUCCUCCCCUUAGAGUCUCUGAAGGGAAGGACAACCCCCACUGCUCUCUGUGACCUCCUCCUUCUCCCACCAGUUGGCAUGUGGUGUGGUUGGACACUUCAGGGUCAAGUAUAUCACAUUAGAUAUGUGCUGCCCAGAACCUUGUUCCCAGCUACUAAGGAGCACUGUCAGCGAGAUGUUGGGUCUGGAGGUGAGGAGAUCCAGGCCAUACUUCAGCCAAGUCACCAGAGCCUAUGAUACAGGAGUGCUUGGUCCCAGCUAUCUCUUCCCAGCUGCUCUGGUACUUGGGUACAGUCCUAAGCCUGGGAUACCCGGCCUGACAAAGCAACAGGAAAGACAACCACCAGCUGCCACAGGAGCUGGGGAAGAGCACACCAUUCAGCUGGAUGGGCUCUGCAAUCAGACAUCUCUGGGAAAAGGAAGGUGGCACAAACCACAUUCCUGAUCCCCCACCCCUUGCAAACCUCCCUUACUCUGGAUCAAGAAUUCCUUUCCUUUCCUCUCACUGUCUCAAGCAAGCAGGUUUCACUGCUUCAUUAGGACAGGUCAAAAGUGAAUCAUUUUCACUAAAGAAUAAAUCCAAGAGCUUUCCAGAGACUGGCUGCUACAGCCCUGGGAAUGUCUGUGGGAUUACUAUGUGGAAAUGUACCUUUAUAGUAAGAUAUAGACAUUAAAAUUAUUUAUGAGUGUUACUCGUUAUUAAGGUCACUGCUUUGUGGCAAACAGCUGUACUGGAUGUACCAACUCUGCUGCCCUUGUUUUGCUGCAUGUUAAAUAAACCAUUUUCAC